UGCCGCGAUAAGGCGGUGGCGGCGGCGGCCGCUCGGGAACCACUGGCAGCCGGGGCAGCUCGCGCCUUCGUCCUCCUCACACCCGUGCGCCCCGGGAGACCUCCCGCCCCGCGGCCCAGGCCGGGUCGGAACCAACCCAUCGAGUGUCGCGUCUCCACCCGGGGCUUCCACCUCCACGAGCCAUGUUCCAGGCUGCAGGAGGCGCCCAGGCCACCCCCUCCCAUGAAGCCAAAGGCGGCGGCAGCAGCACGGUGCAGCGCUCCAAGUCCUUCAGCCUGCGGGCCCAAGUGAAGGAGACAUGCGCCGCCUGUCAGAAGACAGUGUACCCCAUGGAGCGGCUGGUGGCCGACAAGCUCAUUUUCCACAACUCUUGCUUCUGCUGUAAGCACUGUCACACCAAACUCAGCCUGGGCAGCUACGCCGCGUUGCACGGGGAGUUCUACUGCAAACCCCACUUCCAGCAGCUGUUUAAGAGCAAAGGCAACUACGACGAGGGGUUCGGCCGCAAGCAGCACAAGGAGCUCUGGGCCCACAAGGAGGUGGACCCCGGCACCAAGACGUCCUGAGGCCCCUGCAACCUUCUACCCCCUCCGCCGGCAGGGGGAAGGUUGGGAGGGAGGUCGAGCUGGGCUUGCAUGGGGGCCAGGUGGGAAGGGGAUGAGGCUUGCUCAGGCGGAGGGGCCCAGGGGCAGGGCUCUGCCCCAUGACUCCUUCCUUCCCAGUGGGUGAGGGUUUGGGAACCAGGAUUGGGGUCUGCCCACCACCCUGCUUCCUGCUUCUUUCAGCCGUCCUCCCCACCUCACCCCAGGACCCCCUAGGAGGCUCCCACGCCCAGCUUCUCUAUCUAGGUGCCUUUUCUCCAGCAAGGAGUCAGCAUGCCCCGCUCAGGGUCUCAAGCUCCCUCACUGCCACCGGAGGCUGUGUGGCCCCCGCAUCUCCCCAUCUACCUCUACCGUUAACCUGGUUCUGAGCCACGGAGGAGACAGGAAGGAGCACAACAGUGCCACCUGUUGGGCCUCAUAAAUGCCCCUGCAGCCCACAGGGGAGGGGAUGAGGAAGUGGAGCCACCCUCCCUCGUCAGGGCAAUUGGGACUUGGGACCAUCUCACAUCACCAGCGUGGAGAAGCGGACGCUAAAGCAUUCGCCUCAGACACUGGCAGGGGCUGACGCGGUCCCGCUCCCCUCCCACUCCCCUGUUUCUGCCUAUCCUGUUUUGACCAACCCCGUUUUAAACAUGUUUCAACAGAUCCGGAUUCUCUAUUGCGUGGCCUGCUGGGGGAUGUGUCGAAGGAAGGGUGCAGACUCACCAUGGGGAGGGCAUGGGGGCUAGAAGUGGGUGUCAGACACACCACUGAGAAAUGGGAGGGCUCCUCUUCCCAGCAAGGGCUUCAUGCUGUCACACCCACAGCAGUUUUGGAACUGAAACUCUACCUCACCCCUCAGCUUUGGGGUGGUUCAGACCCACUGACUACCACAGGCACCCCAUUGUGAAGACGCCUGAAAGCGGGAGGGCCGGGCAACCAGUGGGUGAUGGCGCCCAAUGCACUUCAGUGUUGGGGGUGCAAGCUGCCAUGCUCCCUGGCUGGUUCCAGCUGUCUAGCUCCCUUCUUCCCAGCCCUUUGACCUGGAAGUUAGUGACAAAUGGCGGGAACCAGCAAGUGCUGUCCAAGGUUUUAGUGACCCUCCUGCACUGUCCCUCCUUAUCGUUCCCCCUCAUUGCUGUCAUCAUCCCCUUACCUUUUCAAGCUCUGGGGUGAGGCAGUCACAGCUACUGUCCUAGGACGUCCAGGAAGAAACCAUCUGCUCUGAAAACCCGGGGAAAAUGAGGGAUGAGUUUACAGCAGACCAAACCAGGCAAGCUGGGAGGACCUGAGGGCUCCUUGGUGGGACACAGGCAGGAAGUCUGGGUUGUCCUGCUCCAGAUCCAGCUUCUUGAUGUUUCCAGACAUGGGGUAGAUGAGAACAGUCCUGAAGGGUUUGCUGCCACCACACUAUACAACUGCCCAAGUUCCUCAGUGGCCUUCUCCCCAUGGAACAGGGCAGCGAGCUGGGGCACACACUGCUCCUUGAAGAACGAAUACCCAGUAAAGAUGGUCCCCCAGGCCUGGUCCCUCCAAGUACAAAGCGAGCAACUCAACCUCUCAGGGCAGGCCAACUUCCUGCACCAGAGGUCUCAAUGGCAACAAGGUCGGUCUUUCUUCGGUUAAGCAACAGCAGAUGGGCCACGAGGGGAUACUGGAGAGGUGGCUCUUGGAGGCACCUGACCCCUGCCCUGCAAAGAUGGGACUCAAGGAAGUCUUGAGCCAGGAAGACCCUACAAGAUGCCAUGAAGGCUCUGGAAUCCCAGCCACUGGUGACAUUCAAGUUGUGAGGGCCAGCAAUGCCACCUUGGUAAAUCAGCCCUGAGGGGACCACCCCAGUGGAGCUCGUGGAGGAAAGGGGCAGACACCUCUGGGUACCAGCCAGGUCAUCCCAGGACCCCUCUACUCGGAGUCAAGUUCUCCUGCCUGAGAGGCCCAAGCUCAUUGCCAGGCACCAUACCCAGCCUGUCCGGCAAAAACCUACCUCCAUCCCCUGCAACUGAAAGCACUGCCACAGGACCCCUCUGAUAUAAAUGAUCCCUUUUAUUGUAAGUAAUGCGCAACACUGGCCUGGCUUUGCACUGCAAGCCCUCGGUCAAGAUAUAGUCAAAUAACUACGGCUGCAGGUUCUUCUGCAUGAUCCACAAUUCAGACACAGAUGCAGAGCUGGGGUGGACGGGAGGGGCAGCAGGGCAGCAGAGUGCAGACUGUCCCCAGCCCUGGCCUCUGCAUUUGAAGUUGGCCCAGGCAGACACGCCCCAUGGAAUGAUGAGAAAGUGACACAGCCCCUUCUCACAGCAAGCCUGGGGCUGCCAGGAAACUGCCCUUCAGAACCUUCGGGCCCAGGUCAUCCUGAAGCCCCGCAACUUUUUCUCUGGAUUAGUUAUUAAAAAACAAUAAAUUAA